CUAAGAAGAAACCGCGGCCGGAUUCCAAUGGAGUUGAACGUGCAGUGCUUGAACUGUGGGUGUGAACUAAUAAGAUGGGUCUGUGUGAUAGGGCAGUGCCAUAGGCCCCAAAAUGGUGAUGAUGAGGUAUUGAGAGCGAAUGAUGUCGAACUGAAGAACAGAUGGGAUGUUAUUCACAGUUCAGGGGGUGGUAAUGGCAUAAAUGAGGAUGAUGCAGACAAUAGUGAUGAUGAGGACAAUGGGGAUGAUGAGGACAAUAAUGGUGAUGUGAAUCACUGGAAUCAGAAGACUGGGGAUGGAGAUAAUGAUGGUGAUAAUGAAACGUUGAAAUCGGUGCAAUCACCUCAAAAUGGUGAUAGUGAUCAUGGUGAUGAUGAUGAUGAUGAUGAGGAUAGUGCUGAUCUGAAUCUUUGGAAUCAGAAGACUGGGGAUGGAGAUAAUGAUGGUGAUAAUGAAACGUUGAAAUCGGUGCAAUCACCUCAAAAUGGUGAUAGUGAUCAUGGUGAUGAUGAUGAUGAUGAUGAGGAUAGUGCUGAUCUGAAUCUUUGGAAUCAGAAGACUGGGGAGGAAGAAAGGGAAGAUGAGAACACAGGUCUGGGCCGUACAGUCGUCCAUUGGGAUAAGAAGAGAAGUUACGCCAGGAGAAUGGAUUUCAAAGCUUCCAAGGACAUGAAAGUCAGCGAGCAGAAGGAGGGUGAAGAGAACAGUGAUGAAAAAGCUCUGGUAGUGGGACCAGAUGCUAACUCAUUUGAGGUGCCUUAGGGUGAAGAGGUCCCUUUUUUGCUGAUACCCCAGAGGCUUUCUGAUCGUUGACGAGUUACCUGAUGUUUUAUCCAUUGGAAGGGACGCUGGACCCGAUUUCCAGCAGGUGCAGAGGUAGAGGACUUGGCCCUGAACGAUGAUUAUGGGGAAAAAAAAAAAAAAGGGUGAGCUAUGUCGCCACACCACUCUUGAAAAAAAAAAAAACAACGAACUCUUAUUCAUCUGUUUUUUUCUCAGUAGAACUUUACAAAACACGAACAAAAUCGAGAAAAAAUGUCCUGGUUAAAUAAAUAAAAAAAGAACGU